UGACUUGCAAGCCUGGCACGCAGCAAAGAGAAGGUCCAAGCCACAACAUCCACCCCACACUCCCAACAUCCUCGAGUCAUCCAUCCUCCUCCUCCUCAUCAUCAUCCUUGUUGUGUUGUCCAUCAUCACGCGCACAGUCGCCCUUGUCACUCACACUCCCCCGGCACCGCUCCUUCAUCUCCUACCCCGUCCUUAUCGCCCCUACUCCGUCGAUCUCCUUCCUCCUUGCUCGUGUUUGCCUGCCCCCAACCCCUUCUUCAGCGGCCUGCAACGCGCGCAAGACCUCGCUGCCCUCAUACCACUUCGACUCCUCGCCUUGUCAUUACAACAACUCGGCCUCGUUGCAUCCGUCGCUCGUCUGCCCCGAGCCUGAGCCUUCAGUGGCAGACUCCCACUCCAUCAACACCGCAUAAUGUCAUUGCUGUCGGACAGGCAGAAAGAUGAGCUGCACCGCGCGAUGCUGUCCUACCUCCAGGCGGCCGGGAUGACUGAAUCCUUUGCAUCACUGGCACGGGAAGCAGACAUGCUAGACUUUGACCCAAGCGAUCCCAAGGACAAGUACUCGGGGCUGCUUGAGAAGAAGUGGACCAGCGUCAUUCGCUUGCAAAAGAAGAUUAUGGAUCUCGAGUCACAAAAGGCCGCCUUGCAGGCAGAGCUCGCAUCUCCCACACGCGCGACGGCAUCGACAUCUAGCAAUGCGCCCUUCAUCCCACGCGCACCACCACGGCAUACCCUCCAAUCCCAUCGUGCACCAAUCACAAGAGUGGCCUUUCAUCCAACGUGGACCGUGCUAGCCAGUGCCAGCGAGGACGCGAGCGUGAAGAUUUGGGACUGGGAGAGCGGAGACUUUGAACGCACGGUCAAGGGCCACACCAAGGCCGUCACUGACGUGGACUUUGACCCCAAGGGCAACGCUAUGGCGACGUGUUCAACAGACUUGACCAUCAAGAUCUGGGACCCCGCAAAUGAUUACAAAAACACCAAAACGCUGCACGGCCACGACCACUCGGUCUCAAGCGUGCGUUUUAUGCCGACCGGAGAACAGUUGAUAUCUGCGUCUCGCGACAAAACCAUUCGUGUGUGGGAGGUGGCCACUGGCUAUUGCAUCAAGACAGUCAGCGGCCACUCUGACUGGGUCCGUGAAGUCGUGCCUUCCAUGGAUGGGCGAUGGCUUGUCAGCGCGUCGAACGACCAGACCGCGCGGGUAUGGGACUUGGCAUCUGGGGAGACCAAGGCUGAGUUGCGGGGACAUGAGCACGUUGUCGAAUGUGCUGUCUUCGCACCCAUUGCAUCGUACCCGGCUAUCCGUGAGCUAUCUGGGUUGCCUGCCACAGCUGCUGGCGACCGAGCAAAAGCUCCAGGAGCGUUUGUUGCUACUGGGUCACGCGACAAGGUCAUCAGGCUGUGGGAUGCCAUCUCGGGGCAAUGCUUGCGAGUUUUGUCUGGACACGACAAUUGGGUUCGCGCGCUUGUUUUCCAUCCGUCUGGGAAACACCUGCUGUCCGCAUCAGACGACAAGACGUUGCGGAUCUGGGACUUGACAAAUGGCCGUUGCAUCAAGACUAUUGACGCCCACGGCCACUUCGUUACAUGCUUGGCUUGGGGGCGGGCGUUGUUGGGUGCCGCAGAGGCUAGCGAUGGCAAGGCCAACGGCAGCCAGGAGCCGCGCCGCAUCAAUGUCAUCGCGACGGGUUCCGUGGACCAGACGGUGAAGAUUUGGACACCAUAAGACAUCCUAGAUGUUGUGCAUUUAAUGCUCGUAGCUGUUGCACCACCAGAGAGAGGCCAAUGCAGCGCCGCUGACGUUGAGAGCAUUGCCGCUGUGCUGUUGUGUCGUGUACUAAAAAGGUGUACUUGCCACGCUAGGCUGGUCGUGGCGGCCGUUCGGCCAUCAAUCGUGAUUCACACGACCACAGUCCCGGCGGCCGUACGGCCAUUACUUGUGAUUCACACAACCUGAUUCGAACCCCCAUCAACCGGCACAAACCAAACGGUCUGCGGCGCGCUUCCGGUUGAGCCAUGGCAAGUACAUAGGACCAGCGGAUUUGGAUAUAUAUGUGCCCAUUCGGACAUAGGAUAUACGUGUCGUACAUGUGAGCACGGUUAAUAAUGCCAGUCAUGCCAAGUGGCC